CAGCGAUAGCGAGAUGUACGGCAAAGGAUUACGUUGUUUUCUCGGUCAUUUGAUUAUGGUCCUUCUUUUGGCCCAAGUGAUGGGACGCCUUCACAAAAGGAAUGGCUAUCACUACAGGCCACAGCAACCGCCUCCAAUCCACCAGGGUGGAUAUUUCGAGCCCCAUCUUCCGGCAGUCGAACCUCCAGAGCCGGAGAAGCCACAAAUUCAACACAGCCCAAAGAGCUACUACAGUCAAUCCGGAGGCGGAUCUUCAUCAUCUAGCAAGGGAUCCGGUGGUUACAGCAUUGGCAGUGGCCUGCGCUCCAUCGCCCAGGGAUCUGCGGAUCAGGCUCAUAGUGCAGUGACCAAUCAACAUGCGGCUGCCAAGCAGGCGGCUUACAUAGCCCAGAAUACUUUGGCUCAAGCCGCUUCCCAGGCGGCAGCCACAGCUCAAGCUGCUCUGGUGGGCAAGCAAGUGGUUCUCCAGGAAUUGGAACAGCAGGCAGCCGAAGCUCAGAGAUCCCUCUCCCGGGAACUGGAGCAACUGAAGGCGGCCAAGAUCUCUGCCAGAUUGGCCCAACAAACAGCGCAGGCGGCCCAUCACCACAUCUCUGUGCUAACCGCAGCUGUAAAUAAUGCCAAAUCCGUGGCCGAUCAGGCGGAGCAAACUGCCACGGAGGUGAACAACCAACUGGCCUCGCAAUCCCAGAUGGUGGGUCAGGCCAAGAACCGAUUGGAGCAGGUGGAGGAGCAGUUGCACCAGGCACGCGUGGACUAUGCCGCCACCAAGGAAUCCGCACUGAAGGCGGCCAAUUCUGCAGCCGCUGCUCAGGUGAAUGCCUCCAAGGCGGCGCAGCAUGCCACGAUUGAACUCCACGAGAGCACCAAUCCCUCGGGCCACGGACACGAUGGUCACGAGUUGAGCGGAGAGGAAGAGUCCUAUGAUGAGCACUUGGAGCCCAGUGGACUCGGCCACACGGCUGGUGGAGAAGUACUAAGCGAACAUGUUCGUACUCCUUAUCAGUAAGGGAUUAUCUAUUCUGUAUUAAAAGUAAUUAAUACAAAAACAACACUGUACUACGCUUAGUUUAAAAGCCUAUUUAUGUUAAUAAAAUAAAUGCAUUCAAGUCAGACCUACGUGGCUGUGAUGUCAGCGUAUUAAAAUGCACCUUUAAACGCACAAAAUGUUUU